AUGUAUCUCCUUCAACAGGAUAUAAAUAUGAACAUAUCUGCGAUGGGUAAACAGUGGUCAAGUGGGGGCCGUCAGUGGGACCGUGUUGCCCUGCUCAGUUCGCACUUAUCCGCCGCUGUCGAAGCCGCGGCCAGCUCUUCGUACGUUCUUGAGACGUCCUCAUCGAAAAUGUUCUACCAAUUCGCCUGGAUUUUGUCACUAGUUUUGUUCGUGACUUGUACGACCAACAAUUCCGGCUUUGAAGAGCCCAGCGAUGGAGUCACCUACUUAACAUCAGAAGAGGUAGCAGCUCUGGGAAAUAUAACAUUGCUCCUUGCCCCACCUGCUAAUUGUGCCAUUGAAAAACACGAGGUUAGCUUAAGGAGGCACAAAGACUUGUCUGAAGUCUACUUUCCAAGAAGUACAAGAAUUGAUCGUUGUGGAGGAUCUUGUGUUCAACCAGAAAUCUUUAUCUGUGCUCCAUACGAGACAGAAUUAGUUUACUACAGAGUUUUCAUCAGAAGAUAUCUAGGAGGAAAGAAAUAUUCUCCGCCGAGAACAGAAUUUGUAUCAGUAGUCAAACAUCUUAAAUGUGGCUGCACGUGCAGGAGAAAAGCCAAGGAUUGCAGCCCAUUACAAGUUUACAAAGAAUCUGAAUGUGCUUGUGUUUGUACCAACGAUGACGACAAAAAGAAAUGUUUGGCCGAGAGUGGAACAAAGUACUGGAAUGCGCAAAAAUGCGAAUGUAACUGUUUAUAUAAAAGUGACUGUGUCACAGGCUUUUCCUGGAACAAGCAUACUUGCAGUUGUAUGCCAUUGCUAACCCGACGAACAAAUUAUGCUGCAGUACCCAACUGAGCAGUGUUAUCUAAAUAAUAAAUAAAUAGGCAAUUCGAUAUAUUUUCAUAGGGUAGGAACUGUUAACUGCCAUGAAAAUAUAAUGAGUUAAUUCAUGGCAUUGAAGUUAUACUAGGAUAUUAAGCA